UCCAUCACAUUUUGUUUUUGUGAUCUGUGUAUCGAGUGUUUUUCUGCAGCUGAAGACAGAAGUUGAGAGGCUGUAAUUGUUCAUUGGUGGGGUGACCGGAUGUCGUCACCCUGCAGCUGUGUUUCAUUACAUGGACAGAUGUGUUUUUCUGGCUACACAUUUUUGGGAAAUUAAUAUCUUUUUUCACCCCUGAGAAUAAUGCGGGUUGGAAUGCAAAGCAGUAUAAAGUCUGUGUUAGAAAGUCUUAGUGUUUCACAACAGCAAGACACAAGCUAUCCAACAAAGCUAAACGUGUAGGAAAACUUUUAACUUUUCUCCUUCAAGAAUAUCACUUAAAAAAUUCCACUCCCACGAAAAAAGAAAGCACGCAAGCUCUCGAUCCGCCACUAUGAGUUCUGCAGAUUUCUCAAAGGGUCCAUCAAAGGACAUCAGUGAUAAAAUUGUGCUAAUUGUCGUUGGGGUCAUACAUGAGACGUACAAAAGCACCCUAAUGACCGUUCCAGGGUCACGGCUCGCCAAGUUGGUCGACACCGAGACGCCUCCUAAAGAAGUCUGUUUUGAUCGUCACCCCGAAAUAUUCACCCAUAUCCUUCACUACUACAGAAGCGGAAAGCUGCACUGUCCCACCAACCUGUGUGGGGUUCUGCUGGAGGAAGAGUUUGAUUUCUGGGGUAUCAGCGUUGCAGAUGUUGAGCCCUGCUGUUGGGUUGCGUUUCGAAAACAUAGAGAUGCAAUGGAAAGCUUGGCUAAGAUCGACCCUUCGGUGAUGGACCAAAGAAACAAACCCAAUAACUCGAUGUUAUGGGCGCUGUUUGAUGACCCACUUUCAUCUGUCGCUGCUAAGGUCAUCGCUGUUACAUCUCUACUCUUCAUCCUGCUCUCCAUUAUUGCGUUCUCUCUUAACACCAAGGAACACAUUAAUCCUGUGUACCUACACAAUCAAACUUUGGCACACAACACGAGCUGGACAGAAGAAAUGAUUCAUUCUAGAAAAAAAUCCAGAGUUUUUGGUGCUAUCGAGAUAGUGUGUUCGAUAUGGUUCGUCUUCGAGUUCCUGAUACGUGUCGUCUGUUGCCCGAGCAAAUGUCGCUUCUUCAUGAAUCUUCUGAACAUCGUGGACCUGCUGGCCCUCUUCCCGAUAUUCUUUCAAUUGUGUUCGGGGGAACUCUGUGUCAAAGUGUUGGGUUUCCUCCAUGUAAUGCGAUGCAUACGUUUAUUGCGUGUCUUCAAACUGAUGCAGCACGUGUAUGGCGUGAGAGUCCUCAUCCACACGCUGCAUGCCAGCGCGCCGGCCCUCUGCGCUGUUCCAGUGACCAUGUUUUGCUGCACCGUCAUCUUCGGUACAAUGAUAUAUUACACAGAACUAUAUGUAGAUGAGUCUCACUUUCAUGACAUCCCAUCCAGCUUUUGGUGGGCUGUGGUGACACUGACCACAGUGGGUUACGGAGACAUGGUACCCAUUAGUGUUCCGGGUUGGUUUGUUGCGGCUCUAUGCGCAACGGUUGGGGUUUUCAUCAUUGUCCUACCAGUGCCAAUCAUCGUCAAUAACUUCAUCAUGUUCUAUUCAUUGGUCAAGGCAAAGACUCCAAUACCCAAAAUGAAGAAGUUAAAUGUUGACCCUUCGUAUUCCAGGAUCUCCGCUUAGAGCAGAGUUGGGUAUCUAAACAUAUCAGGGAAAUGUACAGUUUGAUAUAAGUUGUGUUUUGGGUCAAAUUUUAAGUCCUAACCAAACAUGAGUGUGUGCUGUUUGUAUAAAUAUAUAUAACCAUACUAAACUUCAACAUAUAGAAUAUAGAACAUAUAUGGAAGCAUUUUUCAUUUUAUUAAAGUGCACCUAUUUCAUUGCUAAAAACGCUAUGUAUUUGGUAUAAUACGAUGUGUUGCGUGGUUUAUGUUUUAAAAAAAACAUUAUUUUUCACAUACCGUACAUUUUUGUAGCUCCAGAUUUCACUUUCUUUCUGAAACGCAUGGAUUUGAAAAGCUCUUUGUCUCUGAUUGGCCAGCUAAUCUGUAUGUUGUAAUUGGCCUGAAUACAUCUGAUGACGCUCUUUACCAUGUUUGAAGGAUUCGCUCACAAUGCAAUGCUAACUUAUAGGCUGUGAGGAAUUAUGAUAAUGUCUGUCUUGUCUACGUCAACAAUCCCAGGAAGUAAACUGUUGCCUACAUUUCGUGUGUUUGUUGUCGUCCAAGAAAAGAGAUUUACGUUGGAGACGAUAACAUGUACUAAUACACACCAAAGAAAAUAUAAAAACCUGAAUCAAUAGGUGCUCUUUAAAGAAAUCUAUAAUUUUGUGAAACCUUUUCAUAUAAGGAUGGUUAUAAAUACAAAAUGUGUUAUAUGAUCAUAUUAAUAUGCUACAUAAAACAUAUGCUAUA